GUAGGACUACGUAUGUUUGAUUUUGUCCUUGGAUGAGUACCAUGGUACCAAAUAUAUCUUCAAUUUUUCUACUACGGAUCGGAAGGGGUGAGAAUCUUACAAAGAAAAUAUAUAAAAUAAAUAAAGUUGCUCAUGAGUAGUGUUUUAUUUAGGACCACUUUCUUUAUUAUUUUCUCUCAACCUUAGUAGUAGAUGCUCCAAAAAUGAAGAGAUAACACAAAUAGUCACAUAGCAAUAAUAGUAGCAUAUAUAGUGUAUACUUCUGUGUUGUUAUGACGAUGAUGACAAGAUGUGGCGCAAAAUAGAAGCUAAGGCAAGCAUUUAUUUCCAUUUUGUGAAAAAAAGAAAAAAGAUAUGCUCUCCAUAUUUCUGAUGAAUCUUAUUCUUUGAAGAAUUAGAUCGAUCUUAACAGCUAGCUAUAAGGCAAGUUGUUAUGUAUGAUAUUGAUGCAAUGCAAGUGCAGUACAAAAGAUGGAGGUUGUGGCGAGCAUGGUGGCUGAGAAGCCAGUGGUGAUAUUCAGCAAGAGCACGUGUUGCUUGAGUCACUCCAUGAAAUCACUGAUAAGAAGCUUUGGUGCAAAUGCAACUGUUUAUGAGCUUGAUGAGAUCUCAAAUGGAGAGCAGAUUGAGAAUGAGUUGAUCCGAAUGGGGUGCCAGCCAAGUGUGCCAGCUGUGUUCAUAGGCCAACAAUUCAUUGGUGGUUCUAAGAGAAUCAUGAGCCUCCAUGUCAGGAAUGAGUUAGUUCCAUUGCUCAAAGAUGCUAAGGCUAUUUGGAUUUGAUCAUGAACGUAACCAAAAUUAAAUCACUACUACCAUAGUCUAUAAGGAUAUAUAGUUACAUAUGCAUAUGUAUUUCUAUGUUACGUACUCUUGCUAUGUAUAUGGAGUUAAUUAAUUAGUGAGCAACAUUAGCUAUAUGAUUAAUAUUAUAUAUAGUACUAUGAAUGCAUGUGUGAUAUAUAAUAUCACUUAUUAUGAGUAGUUACCAUGCACUACUUAUAUUAUAUAUGGAUACUUUAAUUUCAUCAUAAUGAAAAUUUGGCGCGUUAUUGCUAUGCA